AUGACUGAAGAGAAAAAAGCUGUUCAAAAGCGGCUGAAGCCGCUAUACGAUGAAAUCAUGGCACUGAAAGAACCCAACGGCCUCGAGAUAUACCCGAUUUUCCAGAUUUUACCUCCUAGAAAAGAUUAUCCUGACUAUUACAAGCUAAUUCAGCACCCAAUGUCUUUGAGCACUGUGAAGAAGAGGCUCAACAACCAUUACAAUCACCCACAAGAGUUUGUUAGCGACUUGGCCCAAAUAACGUGGAACGCGCGUACCUACAAUACCAAGCAAUCUGACAUUUACACCUACGCUUCGAUAAUGGACACUUUCAUUAGAGAAAGGAUUGUCCCCGAAUUGCAAAAACAGCAUGUGGACGUGCACUAUCCCAACUUAGGUCCUUUGCCUGACGAAAUUGAAGCUAUGGCGCGUGAGCAUAAAGAUCAAAACGUGGCUGAUAUUCCAGUCAGCAGUGAAUUCCUAGGCAACGACCAGGGUGACAACAACACUAACAAUAACAGUGACUCGGAAACGCACAACGCCACAAAUGACGACGAAGACGACGAUUUGGACGACGAAUACACAGAACGCAAGAAGCCUCUUCCCAAGAUUAGAAUCCCUCCAGUCGCUCAGUCCCCUGCACCUUCUUCCCUUCAGCCCCCAUCACACUCUAUGACGCCCACGCCGCUGUAUCAAAGACACCAGCAACAAAAGACACAUAUGAGACGCGGUAGGCCGCCUGUGAUUGAUUUACCCUACGAACAACGUAUUAAAAACGUAUUGAAAGUUCUCAAGAAGGAUACAAAUGAGCGCGGUGAAAAUAUAACGGCAGCUUUGGACAGACUUCCCGACGAAGAACGCGAGCCUCAGUACUACACGUUAAUCUCCAACCCCAUUUCCAUCGACGAUAUUCGGAAAAAAGUCAAGCAAAGAAAAUACAAAACUUUUCAGGCAUUUCAGCAAGAUUUCAAGCUUGCGAUCACUAAUUAUCAGCUGUACCAUAGGUCACAACCGGCUGAUCUAAGGCGAGCCGCGGAGCUCGAGAGACGGUUUAGUGAAUUGGCCCAGCAUGAGCUCUCUAGAUCCGACGAACAGUAUAUGACCGAUGGAGAACUCAAAUACCCAUUGAACCAAGUUGAUCAUAAUGGAACAACGUACAAAAUUGGUGACUGGAUCUUGAUCAAUAAUUCAAAUGAUGCAACAAAACCUACGAUUGCACAAAUCUUCAGACUCUGGCACACGUCCGACGGCAGGCGCUGGCUCAAUGCCUGUUGGUAUCUAAGACCUGAACAAACUGUACACCGUGUAGAUCGGUUGUUUUAUAAAAACGAGGUUGUUAAAUCUGGCCAAUACCGAGACCAUCUUGUCGAUGAAAUUGUUGGUAAAUGUUACGUGUGUCAUUUCACCAGGUUUCAGCGCGGUGAUCCAGAUUUGGAGAUUGAAGGACCACUUUUUGUGUGCGAGUUCAGAUACAACGAGAGUGAAAAGGUCUUUAACAAAAUUCGUACGUGGAAAGGCUGUCUACCCGAAGAAAUUCGUGACGUCGAAGAGGCUACUAUACCAGUAUUAGGUCGUAAGUUCUUCAAAUAUGACUCGCCCAUCAAACACCUACUGCCGCCAAAUGCAACAGUAAAUGACCCCAUUCCUAUGCCCACCGAAGGAGCUGUGAACGCGCCUCCACUUGUAGGAGCUGUUUACUUGAGGCCCAAAGUGAAGAAGGAUGAUUUGGGUGAAUACUCAACUUCUGACGAUUGCCCUCGGUACAUCAUGAGACCUGGAGACCCUGUGGAACAUGGAAAAUUGGAUGUCGAGACUGGGACAGUUGUCACAAACAUGCAAACAACCACGGCUCUUCCCAAAGGUGGCCCCUCCACUACGAGGCUGGCGUCCUUAACUAAGAGCAGAAGCGGGACCGGCCUGGCUAGCUUGCGGCAAUCUAAUACCGCAGUUUACAAUCCACCUGCGAUGAAGUCAACGCAGUACUUCCCACCCGGUCCUACAUCUUCCACGAGCCCGGGACCUCUGUCUAUGCAGCAGACGCCCCUUACUUCUACGGCAAACGCUACAGUACCUUCGCAGACGAUAAAGCUAGGCUCACAGUCCAGUAAACAACCGGCAUACCGACCCCCAACAAUCAUCAACAGUUUGGCCGCCCAGGCCCGCACCAACAACGCAGUACUUGGAACCAUUUCAACUGAUACGCCGCUGGCAUACGUACUACCAUUGCAAAUCUCAAAAAAUGUGGAACUUCUGCAGCGCGCGGAUUACAGCUCGCAAUUGAGACGUUUAGGUAAGGAUCAAUUAAUGCCAAAGCGCAAACGCAGUAAAGGCGAAGUACUGUGGUUCAGAGGACCGAGCGUGGCGAUUACAGAGCGUUUGUUGAAUUCUAAAAACGAAAUUACGGACGUGCCUCUCAAUCGGUGGUUCAAGAAGCGGAGAAUGGAGUACGAAGAGGUCGAUGCCGAGGACAACGACUACAUGAACGAAGAACAGGACGACAACCCCGGUGACGACGAUUCGGAGGACGAGGACUCGACGUUGCCAGGAACCUUUCCACUCGGACUGCGGCCAUCUGCGGCUUACAUGGCUCACAAGAUUGCACAGCAGCAGAACGGACCAUAG